AUGUUAAAAAGACCCCAACUUUCAUUCCAUGUGAGCAAAAGCUUGCAAUCUUUGCUUAAAAUCCCCUGUUUUGGGAUUUGUUCAGCUAAGGGUUUGAAUGAUCAUACUGAUGCAAAUGAACCCAUGAAUGAUAAUGGGUCAGAGUCCGAAAACGAAUGGGAAAGGUUACUUAAGCCUUUUGACCUGAAAGAGCUUCAGAAAUCGCUUGUUCAAAUUUCCCCAUUUCAGCUUUGUGAGUUGCUUAAGCUGCCACUAGAUGUGGCUACUUCGAUGGAUAUAUUUGAAAGGGUAGGUUCCCAAAAGGGCUAUCGCCACUCAUUUGAUGUGUAUUAUGUAUUGUUUGAUAAGCUCGGGGAGGCUGGGGAAUUUAAGGUUAUCGAUAAGUUGUUGGUGCAGAUGAAAGAAGAAGAGAUUGUAUUUAGAGAGCCCCUUUUCAUCUUGAUUAUGAAGUACUAUGGGAGAGCCGGUUUUCCGGGACAAGCAACUAGGGUGCUCUUGGAUAUGAAAGGUGCUUAUUCUUGUGAACCCACUUUUAGAUCCUACAAUGUUGUGCUGGAUAUAUUGGUAGCUGGGAACUGUCCUAAAGUGGCAUCCAAUGUUUUCUAUGACAUGCUGUGCAAAGGUAUCUCUCCCACGGUUUACACUUUUGGAGUGGUAAUGAAAGCACUUUGUAUGGUUAAUGAGGUGGAUUCCGCGUGCUCGCUCCUUAGAGACAUGACAAAACACGGGUGUGUGCCAAAUUCAGUGGUUUACCAGACUCUGAUACACGCACUCUCCAAGAAUAAUAAUGUGCAUGAAGCAUUAAGGCUUUUGGAAGAAAUGUUUCUGAUGGGUUGUACACCCGAUGUUCAGACUUUCAAUGAUGUUAUCCAUGGCCUCUGCAAGGACGGCAGGAUUCAUGAGGCAGCUAAAUUGGUUGAUCGUAUGCUUCUUCGAGAUUUUGCUCUUGAUGACGUGACUUGUGGAGUUCUAAUGCGUGGAUUGUGUAAAAUGGGGCAAGUUGAUGAAGCAAGGGCGUUGUUGAACAAAGUGCCGAACCCGAAAAUUGUACUUUUCAAUACCUUGAUUAAUGGCUACGUGAUGCAUAGGAGAUUUGAUGAAGCUAAGGCAGUUCUUUAUAAUGACAUGUUAAAUGUUGGCUGUCAGCCUGAUGUUUUUACUUUUAACAUACUGAUUUAUGGACUUUGCAAGAAGGGUUUCUUGCGUUCAGCUCAUGCAUUGGUCAAGGAGAUGACGACGAAGGGUUGCGAGCCCAAUGUGAUAACAUACACAACAUUAAUAGAUGGAUUCUGCAAGGAAGGCCUACUAGAGGAAGCCGGAAACAUUUUAAAUGAAAUGACAGACAGGGGGAUUUGUCUCAAUACUGUGGGAUACAAUUGCCUUAUAUAUGCUUUAUGCAAGCGUGGGAAUGUCAAUAAGGCUCUAUCUAUGUUUAGUGAAAUGCCGCUCAAGGGAUGUAAGCCAGACAUAUUUACAUUCAAUUCUCUUAUAUACGGACUAUGCAGGAUUAAUAAAUUGGAAGAAGCCUUGGGAAUUUAUCGGGAUAUGGUAUUGGAAGGUGUUAUUGCCAAUACCGUUACCUACAACACCUUGAUCCAUGCUUUUUUGAGGAAAGGUGAAAUCCAAGAAGCACUGAAGCUUGUAAACGACAUGUUGUUUAAGGGAUGCCCGCUCGACAAAGUCACGUACAACGGCCUAAUAAAGGCGCUGUGCAAAGCCGGGGAUGUCGAGAAAGGAAGGGGACUGUUUGAAGAAAUGAUGAGGAAGAGGCUUCAGGCAGAUACCAUUUCAUGCAAUAUUUUAAUUAACGGUCUCUGUAGAAGCGGAAAAGUACAAGAAGCGCUUGAGUUUCUGAGGGAUAUGAUUCAUCGGGGUUUAAUGCCGGACAUAGUCACUUACAAUAGCAUAAUAAAUGGUCUGUGUAAGGUAGGCCGGACGUGGGAGGCGUUGAAUCUCCUUGAAAGAUUACAAGUUGAAGGAAUAAGUCCGGACGCAAUCACUUAUAACACUUUGAUCAGUUCUUAUUGCAAAGAAGGCAUGGCUAACAAUGCUUGUUUGCUUCUAUAUAGAGGUGUGGAAAAGGGCUUCAUACCUAAUGAUGUAACUUGGUAUGUACUGGUCAGAAAUUUGAUUAAAGGAAUUAACAAAGACAGUCUAAAUUUUUUUCUCACCGAUGUGACGUCCUAUAAUAUUGGCCAGCAAUUUGGUGAAAGAGAGUGAUGAAGGGUAUCAGAAACUCUUCCAAGCUAGUUUUAGUGGCUGAAAAGGAUCCAUUGUCUUUGUCUUGAGAAUCUUUACUCUUGUUUGGGCUUUUGAGAUUGUUAAAUGAUGAGAAGGGCUGCUUGCUCUCUCUAUUUCAGCUGCCAUCCACUCUGGUUGUUUUAUUCUGAAUCUUCUGGAAGUUGAUUGCCAGGGUUUCAGUAGUGCAUCAGAGUAAUUUUAAGUCUCUCGGCCGUUUAUCGAAUUCUAGGGAACAAAAGAUUUUCGGUUUGGAUCAAUUCAGCCUAGGUUCAAGAUGACAAGGCGAUUGGCUGUUGAGAGGGACAAAGUAGAAUUGGAUGUAGAGAAAAUUACAGUUGGAUUUGUCAAAGUUACAUGGAGCCAAGGGGUAAAUGGCUGACAAAUCACCCUCCUUAAUUGGAUUCAACAAAUGUUUACUCUUGCUUGGCUAUCCUUUGCUUGAAGACUAGAGAAGU